AUGCCUGCUGAACUGACUCGUUCCCUCGAGAGCGCCACCGACUCGUUUCACCAGGAUUUCGCAAGAGUGUUCAAUCCCCGCAAGCCGUUCAAGACGGACCAGCAUGUUGAAUUUUCAAAAACCGUGCUGUCGAAUCUGCUCGCCGGCCUAGGCUAUUUCCAUGGUACGACCAAGGUCGAUACGUCCAACUAUGCCGAGACGACUGCCAAGUUCUGGGAGGUGGCGGAAGAGGCCAGCAAGCAUGCUGUACCGGAGACGAGAGGGCCGUACGAACUCACCUCGUUUACGCCUUCGCGUUCCGUCUUUCCGCGGGGCUUUUGGGGGGAUGAGGGGUUUCAUCUUCUCCCUGUCAUGGAAUGGGAUGUCGAUCUGGCCCUGGAGGUGCUGCAGAACUGGCUUGCGCUCAUGGAUGAGGACGGCUGGAUUGCGAACGAGCAGGUUCUGGGCGAGGAAGCAGAGGGCACAACACCUGAAUCCCUCAUACAGUACCCGCACCUUGCGAGUCCACCAACCAUGUUCUUGGCGGUGGACAAGUUUGUCGACAUGCUCGAGGGCACUACCGAGUACCACGGCCGCAAGUCCUUGUAUCUGCGCAACCCUGAGACGGGGACAGCGCUGUUGGCGGACUUGUACGUAAAGUUGCAGAAGCACUAUCAGUGGUUCCGUACCUCGCAGUCAGGAGACGUGGAGAUUCACUCCAUUCCCUCUGCGAACCUCGACGAGGGCUACCGAUGGCGAGGCCGCACGCCCGAAACCAACGUAGCCAGCGGCCUCGACGACUUUCCACGCCCCGAACCGCCCGAUGUCACUGAACUCCAUCUUGACGCCCUAUGCUGGGUCGGCGUCAUGGCGCGGACACUGCAACGCAUCGCGACCCUACACCCCUCGACCGCCUCCGACUUACCCACCUACCAAACCCAACUCCGCAACAUCCUCAAGAACAUAGACGCCCUACACUGGGACGCCCAAAACCAAGUCUACUGCGACGCCGUCGUCCGCAACGACAAACACACCCUCACCCCCACCACCCGCACCUAG